AUGCCCUUAAACUACUACUUCCGAGUAGAGAUAGACGAUAGUAGUGAGAGCAGCCAGGCUUCUCUUCAGGGUAGAGUCGAGCGUAAAGCUGCAGAGAUCGAACAACGGCUGGAGAGCGUCUGGGGCUCCUGUUUCUGCGGAAGUUUCGAAGUAAGUUGUCACAAAUACGCGCGUUCCGGCGAAAUCUACCGGCAUCAGAGCGAUAUUAAGGACGUGCAACGCGAGUUGCCUGCUCUUGAGGCCUUUUACACUUUAUCCGUACAACCGAGUGGUGUUUUCGCAGAUCCCGUCAUAGAUGCCUUCGCCAGCGCUUCAGGCGCCUUGGACGGGGUUCGGCGGUCCUCGCUUGGAACAAAGCGGAACUAUGCAGUUUCGCUAAUCCCGACUUCUACCGAAACAGCAAAACGUGAGGGGCAUAGCUUCGAACUUGCUGUUUUGGAGUGUGCGGAGAACUUCCCGGGAUUCAUGGAACAGUACACUGCUUCGCUUCCGCAGCGACCUCAUGGCCCAGGAGACGCACAGAAAAAUCUCUGGCAGAUACGUAUGACGAGGAGCGCCAGCAUUUUCGAGUACCGCAUAGAGGUAGAAAAGGAUGCUUUAGGCCCGCUCUUCUCAAGGGAGGGAAAUCCGCCGUUCAGAGUUGGUCACUCGCGCCCUGAAGAAGCAUGCCACCGUAGCACAUGGGGCGCAUCGUGUGAUCAUCUUCAGAGAAGCGACCUUUUCAUUGCCAUGAUCCGCAUGAUAUUAACUUACGAACGGCCGAGGGAGUCGGGUCGGGCAUCCAGCCUUUUUAUUGAGCUGGAGAUCCCGUCCCCGGAACAGGGAACCAGCUCCGGGGCUGGUCAGAAAUGCGAUGAUAUUUCGCCCGCUCCACGUCUUUGUGCCGAUGGCUCUCUGGAACAUCGAUUCCUUAAGGCUUUCAUAGAUAGCAUGUUACCCACACGCCUCGUCGAGUAUCAGUCUACACUGCAGCUUUGUUCUCUUCGCAGAAAAUUCGCCCGCGUGCUGCUCGACUUCAAGAUUGUCGAUGGGAGUCAUGAACUGCCCCCAGACGUGGGUCGUCCUACGCCUCUUCGCAUCGCAAUGUGCUGGCAGAUGCUAUUCAGCUAA